UUCUGACUUUUCCUGCCGUGGGCGUUCGCGUCUGAGACGCCAACUCAUCAAACAUUCCCAACAAUGGCCCAAGAAAGCACCUCAGGCUUCGUUGAACGCGUUCAGUCCUUUGUCGCGGAACACAAGACCGCCAUCUUGGUUGGCACAGGUGUUGCUGUGGCAGUCGGUGGUGCUGUCCUAUACGCCUCCUCUUCGUCUUCCGACAAAAAGGACCGGAAGAAGGGCAGCAAGCCUUCCAAGAAGCGAAAGUCGGUCAAGGAUGCUGAUGGGCCUAUUUUGGAGGAAAGGACGCCGAAGGCGGAGGCGGCUGCUGAUGAAGACGCGACGCCCUUGUCGCCGGAGGCACUCGCUGCCAUGUCCACCGAGGAGCGAACCACGCUAGCUGCUUCCUACAAGAGCAAAGGAAACACUGCGUACUCCACGAAAAAAUUCGCGGCCGCUGCCCAACUUUAUACCCUUGCCAUAGAUGUGUCACCAAAACCGGAGCCUGUGUACUACAGCAAUCGUGCAGCCUGCUAUGUCAACAUGAGUCCACCCAAACACGAGCUCGUGAUUGCGGACUGCGACGAAGCGCUGAAGCUGGACCCUAAUUAUGUGAAAGCGAUGAACCGACGUGCCAUGGCUUUGGAGGGUUUGCAUCGCUAUGCCGAAGCUCUGCGCGACUUUACCGCCGCAACGAUUUUGGAUAAAUUCACGAACCAGGGGGCUGCUCAGUCAGUUGAGCGUGUUUUGAAGAAGCUGGCGGGAGAGAAGACGACGGAAAUCCUUGCUUCCAGAGAACCUCGUCUGCCCUCCUUCACCUUUAUCUCCGCCUACUUUGCUGCCUUCCGUCCAAGACCGUUACCGGACAUUGGCGAAUCCCCGAGCACCGGCGACUCGACCUUAGUUCUCGCUCUAGAAGCCUUGGCUGCGGAGGACUACCCACAUGCGGUGUCACUGUCCAACGAAGCUAUCGAACAAGGUCUCUCUUCCGAUGCUCUGCGUGCUGAAGCGCUGAACCUGCGGGGGACAUUCAAGUUUUUGACUGGGGAGGUUGAGAGUGCCAAGACCGAUUUGGAGGAGAGCACGAAACUGUCGCCAGCAUUGACGCAGAGCUUGGUGAAGGUUGCCAGUGUGUACAUGGAACAGGGCGAUCCCACCAAGGCGUUCGAGUGCUUCGAUGCGGCCAUUCGGCAAAAUGCAGAUGAUCCCGACAUCUACUACCACCGGGGACAGGUUCUCUUCAUCAUGGGUGAAUACACAGACGCGGCCGAGAACUACACCAAGUCUAGCACCCUUGAUCCCGACUUUGUGUUCAGCCACAUCCAGUUGGCUGUUGCCCAGUACAAGGGAGGCAACAUUGCGAACAGCAUGGCUACCUUCCGGCGAACACUGAAGCAGUUCCCUAACCGGAGUGAACCACACAACUACUAUGGCGAGCUUCUCCUUGACCAGCAGCGCUUUGCGGAAGCCGUUGAAAAGUUCGAGCGCGCUGUAGAGCUUGAGAAGUUAAAGUCCCCACCGAACGUCCUUGCCCUGGUCAACAAGGGUCUUGCACUGUAUCAAUGGAAACAGGACGUCGGGGCCGCUGAACGGUGCUGCAACGAGGCUGUCAGGAUAGAUCCCGAGUGUGAAGCUGCCGUGGCGACACUGGCACAGCUGAGCUUGCAGCAAGGUCGGAUCGAGAAGGCGGUCGAGCUUUUCGCGCGCCAAGCCGAGCUGGCAAGGAGCGAGCCCGAGCUUUCCAGUGCCCUGACCUAUCAAUAUGCUUCUUCAGCACAACUCGAAUUUAGGCAGAAUUAUCCCGCGAUGGCAUCUGAGCUUCGUGCUAUGGCUCAGCAGAUGUAAUGGCUUUUCAAUACCUCUGCAAGUUACAUAAUCUAUUAGUUACAAUAAACCUCUUCUCGUGAUUCCCCUCGCAGAUCACAGACUCAUUAUAUUGCUGCGGCACAACAGGGACAGACCAAAGUCAUUUCGUUCGUUCCAUUGCGUGAAAUAAGUGGUAGACCGGACACCAGCGAAUGCUCCAAAUCAACCGACUCUUCCCAUCGUUCCGGUACCUUGUGACCGUCGGACAAAGCAGCAUAUAUCGUCCGUCGCGCGUAGGCCACAUCUCGUGCAUUCCCCGUGAUGCCCAACCCCGG